CGACGCAGACGCACUCAACGCUACAGAAAUGGCGUCCGAUGGUGGCAGCUCCUCAUUGCAGCUACCCUGCGUUUUUUCACCAAAAUCACGGCAGUACUUAGCUUUGUGUGCUCAGGAUGGCAGACUUCGCAUCUGGAACACAGACAACAAAACACUUCAGCAGGAGUACGUGCCUUCAGCCCAUCUGAGUGCCACUUGUACCUGUAUAGCUUGGGGACCAUGCCGGACAGUCAAGGAGGGACCGCAGAGGAAGAAGAGGAAAUCAGAGGCGGUACAGGUGGAGGAGAGGGCAGACCUUUUGGCGAUGGGCACAGCAGCGGGCACUGUGCUCAUCUACAGCACUGUUAAGGGGGCAUUACACUGUACUCUGGAUGGAGGGCACACAGCAGGAGUGAACUGUGUCCAGUGGCAUCCUGAAGACAGUUUAAUAUACAGUGGUUCAGAUGAUACAAAUAUCGCAGAAUGGGAUUUGCAAUCAGGCAAAACGAGAAGUACGUGGAAAGCAGAUCGUGCAGCCAUCACAAGUUUGUGUGUGAGUCCUGAUGGCAAACUGUUGCUCUCUGCUGGAUACGGCAUCAAAAUGUGGGACUUGGAAACCAAGGAGAUCUACAGGAAAUUUACUGGCCAUUCAACAGCUGUGACGACCCUUUGUUUUGCCACAACUCGCCCUCCUGAUGGCAAUGGUCUCUAUUUUCUGUCUGGUGCAGCGCAUGAUAGAUUGCUUAGUGUAUGGCAAGUACGGGAUGAUGGAAAGGACAAACAUUCAGUUGUGUCCUUCACUCUGACUGAUGAACCACAACAUGUGAACCUUGUUCCAUCCAACAGCAAGGAAGAGGCAGUGAGGCUGGCAGUGGUGUGUAAAGAUGGACAGUUGCAUCUGUUUGAGCACUUUUUAAAUGGGCUUUGUAAGAAGCCCUUGUCACCAUCAUGUUCGGUGCAGUUGUCUGACACAAAGGACUCUCCUGCACCCAUCCCUCUGCUGGCAGCAGCGCUGGGAGCAGAGUCCCGCACUGUGACACUGGCUUAUGGCAACCACCUGCAGCCUGUCAUGGAGAGAGUGGAGCUUAAUACUUCCGAGCGACACAUCUGUUUGACCCGAGACGUCCACACAAGCCUCUCACUAUCAGUGGAGACCAACGUUUCCAAGGUUAAAACCCCUGUUAUAAAUGCAAAGAGCAAAGUGUUGGUCCCUGGGCUUCCUGGACACCAAGCGCCUAAAGGAGCAUCUCAAGCCUCUGAAAAAAGGAAAAAAGACAUUGGCACGAAAGAGAUGUCAAUAGCAGAGCGGCUUGGAGAAAUUGACCUGGCCACAGUUUCUUCAGAGAAGGGGGCUCCUAAGAGCACAGCGUCUUUACAGACUGAUAACUUUGCUGUGUUGUUGGUGCAAGGACUGGAGAGCAAUGACCCAAACAUUUUAAAUAAAGUUUUUCAAACCCGUAAAGAAUAUAUUAUUAAGAACACUGUUGCUCGGAUACCAUUGUCUGCAGUUUUACCACUGGUUCAACAGCUUACAACGCGACUUCAAGGACAUCCGUUCUCGGCAAGGCUGAUGGUGCUGUGGUUAAAAGCAGUUCUUUUGCAUCACACUUCGUACCUUGCAUCGCUGCCAGACCUGGUUACCCAGCUGGGAGUGCUUUAUCAUGUGAUCGAGAACAGAGUCAAGUUGUUUCACAAACUAACCAAACUACAUGGGAAACUUUAUCUCCUGACAACACAGAUGGCGACAAAUGCCAACAGUUCUUCAGCCGCAGAUGUAGACCACACUGCUAAACUAGUUUAUGAAGAGGAGUCCUCUGAAGAUGAGGCCUCAGAUGAUGAAGCCCCUCCAGAUGAUGAAUCAGAUCACUGGGAGGAGGAAGAAGAUGAGAUGAUGGAGGCAGAGAAGGAGGACAAUGAUGAAACCAACAACAGAAAAGAGUCAAGAACAAAUGGAGAAGAAAUGGAGCCUGAGAAUGAAAGUGAAGAAGAAUGAAUCAAAUGUAAACAUGGACCUGAAAGUUAUAUAUAUUGCAUUUUAUUUUCAUUCAUUUGAUUUUAUUAUCAAACAAAGAAUGGUUUUACAAAAUCAAGAGGUACCAGGCAUAACAAAACCUGUGUAGAUCAUCAGAAGCACCGUGCCCCGUGCGAAGGCCACUGUCGGGGAGGAGGGCAUGGACAUUUGUAAUGUCAGUUUUAUAGAAGUUCUGCUUCGACAGUUUGGUUUGUAUCCAGCCUGUCAUUUUGCAUUCAAAGUGACAGGCGCUUUUCAAAUGGUUGGUGUUCCAGUUUGCCUCUACUGUUGUAUGCAUUCCAAAUAUUUCAUUUUGUAACAAUAGCAUCACGAUUAUAAUGGUGAACAGCACAGUUGUUGAUUUGUUCAGAUUGCCCCUGUCUCAUUGGCCUUCUGGUCCAAGCUAUUUGCAAACCCUGGACACAUGCAUUGCUGGGAACACGGCCCUAUAACUGUUGUACAGAAUGUCUCCUCUUCCAGAGAAGGGCCUGACAAAGGCCAUACAUCAUGCCCCAAGUCAAUGUAAAUCUGUAUGUACAGUAGAGUGUUUGUAUGAGCUCUUCCCUCUCCAGUCUCAAAGAUCCUUGGGAUUAAAUGAACUCCUGGAAAGUUG